UUUUUUUUUGCCGUACUGUCGUCUCGUCUUUUUUUUACUUGGCCCGAUCCGAUUCUUAAAGUUUUUCUUUCCCCCUUCUUCCUCCAUUCCUCACUCUCAACCAUCUACAACCCAAACGAACUUACCUGACGACCUGCAAAAGAGAUUCUUCUUUUGCAUUUUCUACCUGAUACCCCUUUUCAAAUCCUUUUAAUUAUCCUAUAAUCCGUCAAAAUGGCUGGUGGUGACGCCAAGAAGGGUGCUACCCUCUUCAAGACCCGUUGCGCUCAGUGCCACACCGUUGACGCCGACGGCGGCAACAAGAUUGGCCCUGCUCUUCACGGCCUUUGGGGCCGCAAGACCGGUUCCGUCGAGGGCUACUCCUACACCGACGCCAACAAGAAGAAGGGCAUCGAGUGGAACGAACAGACUCUCUUCGAGUACCUCGAGAACCCCAAGAAGUACAUUCCCGGCACCAAGAUGGCGUUCGGUGGUCUCAAGAAGGAGAAGGACCGCAACGACCUCAUUGCCUACCUCAAGGACUCCACCAAAUAGACGGAUUGAUGUGUAACGAUAGGAUUGCAUUAGACGAACUGGCGAUUUGCGAUUUGUACCAAUAGACCACUUUAGAACAGUGUGUUUUGGGGGCUUCACUAAACAAGCCCAUGUUUUUCUCUCGAAAAUUCUCCCCUUUCAAGACGUUGUAAUACAACAAAUUUCAUUUUGCGAAACAAAUAUACUAAAGACCUGAGCGUGCCAUGCAUUGUUUCUGUAGCAUCCGUGCC